GGUUAUUUUUUCGUGGAUUAUCUCGUAACAUAAACGUGAAAAAACCGAACAUUUUUGGUGGAAAACGCGGUAAAAUGAUGUGUAAUGAUCGUUUCAACUAACAGCCUAUAAUUUUAUUUCCAACUUUUUAAGCCAGUUUGGAAAAACAAAACAUUUUGGUGGUUUGGUGGUUUUUUACCAGCCCUGAAUUUUUUUGACUAGAGCUUUACAGACCUUAAAUUCGUUGGUUCUGAGAAAAAUAUGAUUCAAGUGUAUCGUUUGUUAAUUGCUCGUUUUCUUUUUCAGAAAAAUCUUGCGGUUAAGUAGAUCUUCUCUCGGAAAAACCACCGUUGGCCAUAUGGUAAACCUGUUAUCGAACGACUUGAGUAAAUUCGACCAAACGUUCAUCUUGGCCCACUACAGCUGGGUGGGACCCAUACAGGUUGCAGUUGGGACGUACAUGCUUUAUCGAGAAAUGCAAGUUGCCGCACUCAUCGGAAUUGCCUUUUUAGUUGCUAUAGUGCCGUUGCAAAUCUAUCUUGCCAAGAGGAACUCUGUGUUAAGACUAAAAACUGCCUUAAGAACCGAUGAACGAGUGCGUUUGAUGAACGAGAUAUUAUCUGGAAUGCAGGUUAUCAAGAUGUAUUGUUGGGAAAAACCGUUCGCAGAUGUUGUUGCUUUUGCAAGAAGGCAAGAAAUGAAAGUCAUCCGUUCGCACUCUUGCUUGUUAUCCUUCCUCUACUCGUUCGAGUCGUUCGUCUCCCGUACGGCCAUCUUCAUCACGAUCUUAGCCUACGUCUUCCAAGGCAACUACAUCACCGCCGAGAAAGUCUUCGCAAUCACCGUCAUUUACAACGCCUUGAGAACCGUCAUAACGAUACUAUUCUCACUUAGUAUGUCCAGCAUCGCCGAAGUCCACGUCUCGAUAAACAGGGUGCAAGAAAUCCUUAGUCUCGAAGAAAACGUAGAAGAAGAUCCUUUAGAGAUGAGCGAGAAAGGAAAGAAAGAUAAAGUUGCUAACGGUGUGACCAACACUAAGAUGAAUGUGAUAAAAAGAGAUGACGAACCUCCGAAGAUCGUGCUUGAAAAAGUAUACGCCACUUGGGUGGGUGAUUCUACCGAAGACACGUUGAACAACAUCAGCCUCGAGGUAUCACCAGGACAAUUGGUAGCGAUAGUGGGUCCAGUAGGAAGUGGAAAAAGCAGCAUACUGAGCUUGUUGUUGAACGAGUUACCUCGGAAAUCGGGACGGAUAGACGUAGUCGGAGAGAUUUCCUUUUGCUCCCAAGAACCAUGGUUGUUUUGCGAUACAGUCAGGAAUAAUAUUCUGUUUGGAUCUCCGUACCAUGAAGAUCGCUACAAGAGGAUAGUGGAAGUAUGCGCGUUGAAGUCGGACUUCGAGCUGUUUCCUUACGGAGAUAGAACUCUUGUAGGUGAAAAAGGCAAGUCCUUGAGCGGCGGCCAAAAAGCGAGAAUAAACCUUGCCCGUUGCCUGUACAAAGAAGCAGACAUCUAUCUGCUUGACGACCCUCUGUCAGCUGUGGACGCUAACGUUGGAAAACAUCUGUACGAAAAGUGCAUUCGAAGAUUUCUCAAAGACAAAAUCCGCAUUUUGGUAACGCAUCAGUUGCAGUACCUACACAAUGCGGACAAGAUAGUCGUAUUGAACGACGGUGAAAUUCUGAUGCAAGGGAAAUACGCAGAGUUGAAGAGCAGUGGCUUGAAUUUCACGAAGUUGCUAGAAGAGCAUAAUGCUGAAGAGGCUGAAGAACAAAAGAAGAAGGUAAAAUCAAGGCAAAAUUCAGAAAUAGCUUUAGAAGAAGUAUUUGAAGAGCAAUACCUGGACAAGGAAGGACAAGAGAGUGGAAAUGUGAAACCAAGUACUUACUGGAAAUACUUCAAAGCAGGAGGUGGUACUGUUCAUUUGGUAAUUAUGUGCAUACUUUUCAUUGGCGCACAAGUUUUUGCCAAUGGUGGAGAAUACUAUUUGAGCUACUGGGUUAAUCUUGAGGAAGAAUACUGGAACAAAAUCAAAGAGAAUCAAACGUCGACAAAUGAAACUUUAUCGAGAGACAACAUUAUCUACGUCUAUUCGGGCCUAACUCUGGGCAACAUCAUAGUAGCCAUAACGAAAACCGUCCAUUUCAUGCUGGUGUUCGCCGUAGCCUCGCAAAACCUUCACAACUUCAUAUUCUCGAAGAUUGUUAAGGCUACCAUGGACUUUUAUAAUAAAAAUCCUUCAGGACGUAUACUUAACAGGUUCUCGAAAGAUUUGGGAACCGUCGACGAGUACUUACCGUCAGUGAUCUUAGAUGUAGUCGAGAUUGCAUUUGUUUUCAUUGGAGUAAUCAUACUGACAAGCAUCGUUUAUCCUUGGUUACUGAUUCCGUCUGGUAUACUAGCAACACUGAUAUAUUUUUUGAGAAUCAUCUACAUAAAGACUAGUAGGAGUGUCAAGAGAAUAGAAGCUAUUACUAAAAGUCCUGUGUUCAGUCAUGUGACAACGACAUUCUACGGAAUAAGUACGAUUAGGGCGUUUCACGCAGAAGACAUGUUGAUAAAGGAAUUUGAUGAUCUCCAAGACAAGCACAGUUCAGCAUGGUUCCUGUUCCUGUCUUCCAGCAGAUGUUUUGGACUUUGGCUGGAUAUAAUCUGUGCAUUAUUUGUUGGUGCUGCUGUUUAUAUUCUCCUCAUUUUCAAUAACCAAAUUUACGGUGGGGACCUAGGGCUUGUUAUCACUCAGUACAUGACGCUGAUGGGCUUCCUGCAAUGGGGUAUGCGACAGUGGAGCGAAAUGGAGAAUCAAAUGACUUCGGUUGAAAGGCUUUUGGAGUACACCAAAUUGGAAAGCGAACCCGAGAGACAGUCAAUAGCAAAUCUCCCGAAAAAUUGGCCUGAACACGGGAAGAUUGAAUUUAAGGAUGUCAAAUUAAGGUACAAUCCCUCGGAUCCCUACGUGUUGAAGAACUUGAAUUUUGUCGUACAACCAAAAGAGAAAAUUGGAAUAGUUGGAAGAACUGGAGCCGGAAAAUCAUCAACGAUCUCUGCCUUGUUCCAGUUAUACCCUCUAGAGGGAUCCAUAGUUAUAGAUGGUGUAGAUACUACUCAGCUGCCUUUGGACGAAGUUAGAUCCAAAAUAUCGAUAAUUCCUCAAGAGCCCAUACUAUUUUCAGGACCGAUGCGUAAAAACCUGGAUCCAUUCAACGAACACAGCGAUGAGGUCCUAUGGAACGCCUUGGAACAAGUUGAUUUGAAAGAUACCGUAUCUGAGCUGUCGGCUGGUUUGAACAGCAAUGUCUCGGAAGGAGGUACCAACUUUAGCGUUGGUCAAAGGCAACUGGUAUGUUUGGCGAGAGCUUUGAUCAGAAACAACAAAAUUUUGGUGUUGGAUGAGGCUACAGCCAAUGUGGAUCCUCACACGGAUGCCUUAAUUCAACGUGCCAUUAGGGAAAAAUUCGCCGACUGUUCAGUCCUAACGAUAGCACACAGAUUACAUACAGUUAUGGAUUCUGACAAAAUACUAGUGAUGAGUUCUGGACGUGUAGAGGAAUAUGAUCACCCUUAUGUUUUGUUACAAAAAGAGAACGGUAUUCUAAGAGAUUUGGUAAAUGCCACAGGGCCGACAACUGCCAAAAAUUUGGAAAAAGUUGCUAGAGAGAACUAUGAAAGUAAAAAGAAAGACGCCUGAUGUGAUUCCGAUUUUGAAAUUUGUUUACCUCUGUACAACUACUGUGAUCAAGCGGAUUGAAUUUUUCAGUAUUUUUUAUUUUAGCUUAAGAAAUGUUUUUACGCCAUGCAUAUAUGUAAUAAAACAGUUUUAUACAAAA